CUCGUGAGUGCAACGCAAGUGAGUGCCUGCUUGCAGGAGCAAUCAGAGCCAGCGCACAAGCUUCUCAUACAGUUCUCGAAUGUUUGAACAAGUGUGCACAAGUAAAUCUGCCCAUGUGUUUUGCUUGCAGGUACAGAAACCCUGUACCUGUAUGGCAACAGUGAUGAGAGUUGGGAGCUGCGACCGCCAAAGUUGAUCACACCACCCGAGCAGCCUGAUCCAAGAAUGCUUGGUGUUAAACUGGUGAGAGGUGACAUGAAACACCCAAAGUGGCUUAGACACAUCGCCAUGCACUGUGAUGCAUGGCUCAUUCGGAUCUCCUUCUUCCUUGGCGCCAAUUUGGGGACUCAAGCAAGGCAGCGCUUGUGUGCUAUGAUAAACAGUCUGCAAACUGUUCAUGAAAAAGUUGCUGCUAGUGACACAUAUCACCGCAUAUGUCAUUUAGAGAAAAUGAAUGAGGAGAUUGAGGACGAAGAUGAUGGUUGUGGUACUGAGCCAACCAUCUGUGGUAGCUGUGGUAACCAUUACCAUAUGAACGCGUUCUGGAUCUGUUGUGAUGUGUGCGAUCGUUGGUUCCAUGGUAAAUGUGUGAAGGUAACGGCUGCUCAAGCAGAGCACAUAGAUAAAUAUGAGUGCCCUGAGUGCUGCUUGGACAAGAAAGGGCACGAUUACAAUGCGGGCCCAAUGCUUUCUGUUCUGUAUAAGCGAUACUAGGUACGCCCUUCGGUCCCAAGUCGCAUGGAGCUAGUGGAUGUGAACUAACUCUUCUGGACUUCUUUUCAUGCCAUAUGGAUUGUUGGACUAGCUGCUGAGGUAGCAAGCGAACUUGUGCGACCGCUGAUUUAAGUCCGGAUUGCAUCAUGCUCUGAUUAUUCAGUAAUGAGGCUCUGUCGAUU